AUCACCAAAUUGAAGAUAAGGAUGUCUGGACAGGUAGGCUGAGCGUCACGUUGAAGAAAAAGAGGAAGGAUUGGUACAAGCCUGUUCACCACUCCGGACCGAAAACAGAUCACGGCGUGACGAAUGGACGGAGAGGGGCGUAACGAUCGGGUUUCAGAUGCUACAAAUAUCUCUGAGGGGUUCCAGAAAGCUAGGUCACUCACUGCCGCGUUGGACAUUGAGCGCUGUGAUCUGGACAUUAAGAAAAACAGCAGCAGCCACCAUACAAAACUGUUUGCAGAGGAGCGUUUGAUUGUCAGGAGAGGACAACCCUUCAACAUUAUAUUGCAUCUGAAAGAUGGCAGCAAGGAGUUCAAACUGGGUGAAACAAGUUUCACACUGAUUGUAGAAACUGGUCCAUUACCCAGAAAAGAAUCAGACACUAAGGUGUCCUUUGGCCUGAGUGACUCCAUAGUAGACACAGAGUGGAGCGCUUCUGCCACAAAGGAUUCCUCUGGAAACACAGUGUCUGUAUCUAUCUGUUCCUCACACAAUGCACCGAUAGGGGUCUAUUCCCUGACUCUGGACCAGGAGGGGCAGAAGACCAGUUUGGGAAAGUUUACCCUGCUUUUUAAUGCCUGGUGUCACAGAGAUGCUGUUUACAUGCGCAGUGAGUCAAAGAGGAAGGAGUAUGUUCUAGAACAACAUGGGCAGGUUUACAGAGGAACAUUUAAACGAAUCAAAGGGACGCCCUGGAACUUUGGACAGUUUGAAUUAGGGAUACUGGAUAUAUGUCUGAAGAUCCUGGACGACAACCCGAAAUACGUGUCUGAUGCUGACAAGGACUGCACUGCCAGGAGAAAUCCCAUCUAUGUGACCAGGGUGCUGAGUGCCAUGAUCAACAGUAAUGAUGACACAGGGGUCCUGGUUGGAGAGUGGGGAGAGUUUUCCGGCGGGGUUCAUCCAGGAAUGUGGAUUGGCAGUGGGGAGAUUCUGCGCAAAUGGGCAGAAAGUGGCCCCGUCCGGUACGGCCAAUGUUGGGUCUUCGCUGCUGUUGCGUGCACAGUGUCCCGUGCCCUGGGCAUCCCAUGUCGAGUGGUUACUAACUUUGGAUCGGCUCACGAUUCAGAUGCUAACCUGGUGAUUGAAAACCUGUAUGAUGAAGACGGGGAAAGAAUUUCUGGAGGUGAUUCAGUUUGGAACUUCCAUGUUUGGGUGGACAGCUGGAUGGCUCGUCCGGAUUUGGGAACAGACUUUGAUGGGUGGCAAACCAGUGACCCAACCCCACAGGAGAGAAGUGAUGGGGUUUUCUGUUGUGGACCUGCUUCUCUGGAGUCCAUCAAGGAGGGAGAGCUGACUAAGAAGUAUGAUGCUUCCUUUAUUUUUGCUGAGGUCAAUGCAGAUAUUGUGGACUUGGUACGCUUAUCCAGUGGAGAGUUUGUCAAGUUCAGUGGAUCAACUAAGUCUGUUGGGCGCUUCAUCAGCACCAAAGCUGUGGGCUCAGACUUGCGACAUGACAUCACACACCAGUACAAGUAUGCAGAAGGUUCAGAGGAGGAAAGGAGAGUGUAUGAGAAGGCUCAACACAACAACAAGUUACAGCAGAGGGGAGAAGAGCCUGGGCUCCAUCUUAAGAUAAAACUGGCAGAUAACAUGAUCGUGGGCUCAGACUUUGAGGUGUACGCAAUCCUCACUAACAACUGCAUGGAGGCCAGGACCGUCAACUUCCUGUUCUUUGCCAGAGCUGUCGGUUACAAUGGAAGAGAAGGAGAGAGCUGUGGGUUUACUUCAGACAAAGUGGAGGUGCCCCCUGGUGAAGAAAAGCGUCUGUCCCUGAAACUGGAGUAUAAAAAAUAUGGAUCAGCAAUCACUUCUGACAGGUUGAUCCAGCUAUCAGCCAUCACCAUUGACAAGCAGACCAUAAAUUACAAUAAGGCUGAGAAGACCAUUGUGCUAGACGAGCCAGAUACACAGAUCAAGUUGGUGGGAGAUGCUCAACUCAACCAGCCGAUGACGGCAGAACUGAGCUUGGUAAACCCCUUACCAGAAACCCUGAAGGACUGCAGCUUCACUGUGGAGGGAGUCGGCAUCACCGAUGGCAAACCCAUAACAAAGAAAAUUGGAGCUGUGGGUCCCAAACAGGAAGCCAAGGCCAGCGUUGAGUUCAGUCCCACCAGUGCUGGCUCCGGCGUACUGCUGGUAAACUUUGACAGCAACAAACUGCAGAACAUCAAGAGCUCCAUCAAUGUUGUGGUGAAAGAAUGAGCUAUGACAUUAUUCUUACAACAGUUGAUGCUGUUGUUGCUGAUGUUGUGUUCUGUUGUUCAACUGAACCUCAGUUUCAAUUUGGGAUGUAAGGAAUUAUUUUUAAAUGCUUUUAAAUACUUAGAUUUGUAUCCACACAUUUAUAGAAUAUAAUGCACUAUUUUACUAUUUAAAGUGAAGUAUUUUCUCUAAUAAAUGAUCCCCUUAUACUAACCAUUAUGUGCAGUUCCUCUGUGCGAGGCCAUUAGAGGCCCAACAUCAUAAAACAACAAAGCAAGAUGCUAAUAUAAUUGUAUUUGUAAUAAAACAUUUCAAACUU